AUAUGAUGAAACCCUUUCGUAGCCCCCCAUAUACCUAAUACACACAAUUUCCCUUCUUCUUCUUCUUCUUCUUCUUCACAAACCCCACCGUUCUUUGCUUCUAGAGCUUCUUCUAUAAUCUCCCCCAUACCAUAAUUCUCUCUCUCUACCUUUUAUCAUCUGCAACAAGUCUCUUGAUUUUGGAUAAGAAUGGGGAGUUCAUCGGAGAAGUUGUUGCAAGACCUAAUAUUAUACUCGGCAAGCGCUGCUCUUAGUGCUCUUGUAUUGUUCGUAGGGCUCCGACAUCUUGACCCAAACCGUGAGGCUUCUAAGAGAGCUGUUGAACACAAGAAAGAGAUUGCCCGCCGCCUAGGUCGGCCUCUCAUCCAGACCACCCCUUACGAGGAUGUCAUAGCUUGUGAUGUUAUAAACCCUGACAACAUCAAUGUUGAAUUUGGGUCUAUUGGAGGGUUGGAAACCAUUAAGCAAGCACUAUUUGAAUUGGUGAUCCUUCCAUUACGAAGGCCUGAACUGUUUUCGUAUGGGAAACUUCUUGGGCCACAGAAAGGGGUAUUGUUAUAUGGACCACCUGGUACUGGGAAGACCAUGCUUGCCAAAGCCAUUGCAAAGGAGUCUGGUGCUGUUUUCAUCAAUGUGAGAAUAUCGAAUUUAAUGAGCAAAUGGUUUGGAGAUGCACAAAAAUUAGUGGCUGCUGUCUUCAGUUUGGCAUAUAAGCUUCAGCCUGCAAUCAUUUUCAUUGAUGAGGUCGAUAGUUUUUUGGGUCAGCGACGAACAACAGACCAUGAAGCCUUGACAAAUAUGAAGACAGAAUUCAUGGCGUUAUGGGAUGGCUUCACAACAGACCAGAAUGCUCGAGUAAUGGUUCUUGCAGCUACUAACCGACCAUCAGAACUUGACGAAGCUAUUCUCCGAAGACUCCCCCAGGCCUUUGAGAUAGGGUUGCCUGAUCGUAGGGAGAGGGUGGAGAUCUUGAAGGUAAUCUUGAAGGAUGAGAGUGUCGAGGAUGGAAUUGACUAUGACCACAUAUCGGGUUUAUGCGAAGGCUACACUGGAUCAGAUCUUCUUGAACUAUGUAAAAAAGCGGCUUAUUUUCCUAUUAGGGAUUUACUCAAUGAUGAGAGGAGUGGGAAGACAGCUAAGGAACCUAGAGCAUUGUCACAAUUAGAUGUGCUGAAGGUUUUGGGUUCAUCGAGAAAGACUAAUGUCGCGGCAAAUGAAUAUACUAGGUUAAACUCUCAAACGACAGCAGGAUGGUCAAGGCAUGGCGAUUCAGACGAUUAUCCUGUCCAAGCUGCGAUAAGCGAGCUUUCUAAGCUCGUCGUCUCUCAAAUCUUGAACAUCCAGGCGGAUGGACAAUUGGGUGCACAAGAUCCUUGAUUGUUUCGUUGGUUUCUACAUUUUUACAAGUUAACCCUACGAUCAUAUCAUCAUAAUCACCUGCAAUUAUGCACUUUUUGUCAAAGGCUCUAGUUUGUAGUAUUUGUUCAUGGAUGAAACCUUAUAUAUCCCGUGGCAGUUAAUUUAAUGAGAAAUAAUCCAUUAUUUUAACU